AAAAGAGAGAGUGAUUGAGAGAGAGAGAGAUGAAAAGUUGUUAGGCUGAACGUGUACAGAAGGAGGAAGUUGAGAGUUGUGAAUCAGAGACAGAGAAUCUGAAGGAUUCAGAGACAGACAAGUGGUGUGAAGACAGACAGCUGUUAUGAAGACAGACACAGACAGGUGGUGUGAAGACAGAGAUUAAACACAGUGAAACAGAAUGUAUAAAUUAAAUUAAAUAUGUGGUGAAAGAGGAGACUGGAAAACAACAAAAAGACAACAAGAGAAGAGGAUUAGAGAAGAGGAUCAGAGAAGUGGAUCAGAGAAGUGGAUCAGAGAAGUGGAUCAGAGACGAGGAUCAGAGAAGUGGAUCAGAGAAGUGGAUCAGAGACGAGGAUCAGAGAAGUGGAUCAGAGACGAGGAUCAGAGACGAGGAUCAGAGACGGGGAUCAGAGAAGUGGAUCAGAGAAGAGGAUCAACAUCGGUGGGGUUGACGACAGAGCUAGAGAUGAGAAAACACUGGGUCUACUUUCUUCUGGCCCUCGUCCUGAUACAAACAGGCAUAGCCGGCAGUGUGAUCUCUGUGUCUCACACACGGGACAGAGAGCAUCUGUCUAUUACCUGUCGUCUCCUGCCGGAGAACGACACUGUUUCUCAGAUCAACUGGGAGAUGAUCAGUAGUCCCAACCACACCACUACCAAACUGAAACUGGGCACCUUCCAUCCCGUGUUCGGUACCUACGUGGUCCCAGAGUACAACGACACUGUGAAGAUCCAGAGUAGUGCCUCCAGCCGUAGUUCCAGUCUCGACCUGAAGGGUGGCGCUGUGGAGGAGGUCAGCCAACUCUGCUGUGUAUUCAUCACGUUUCCCUCUGGGGUGCUGGAGCAGUGUACACAAACCAGGAUCAAUGAAAGCACUGCAGAGGCCCAGGAGUCAGAGGAUGCACAGCGGCUGCUAGGGGAAAGAACUUUGGAACAGUGGGCCCUGUUGGUAGGAGGCUCUACCAUCAGCAUCCUGAGCAUUGUGACCUCACUGUACUACUGUUGGAAGUACUGCUGCAGACACUGCUGUCACAGGAGGCGAAUGUUUGAGGUAGAGGCGUAUCUGACAGAUCAACACACAGAAUCAGAAGGGGUCACAGAGGAGCCCCCCCAGCAACCCCCCCUUCCCUCACCCCCCCAGCCUCAGCCCCAGGGUUUUGACCCCUCCAAGCUCUAUGCUAAGAUCAAGCUGGACCUGCUGUAUGGACGGCUGUGGAAGACCUACCAGGGGACGGCCACGACCUGGGACCCCACAACACAGCACGGGCCACAACAAGGGCCACAGCAAGUGGCAGAGCCAGGGCCACAAAAGGUCUACUUCCUUCUGGGGGAAAAUUGGGCAUCACAGAGGGAGGAACCGGAAGAAUCCGUUCUACAACUAGAACCAGAACAUAAACCACCUCUGGAAGGAAGAGAGGAACCAGUGACUCAGCCUGAAACUGAGUCUGACCUAAUACCUCCACCAACCCUGGAUCCUGGGACACAGACGGAGGAGAUGGAGUCGGACACUGGUUUAUGAGGGGAGUGUGUGUGUGUGUGUGUGUGUGUGUGUGUGUGUGUGUGUGUGUGUGUGUGUGUGUGUGUGUGUGUGUGUGUGUGUGUGUGUGUGUGUGUGUGUGUGUGUGUGUGUGUGUGUGUGUGUGUGUGUGUGAGUGUUGGGAUGAAUAAUGUAUUGUUGACAUUGGUUGAAUAACCCUGAAACUAUCUGUCAAUCAAUACGAUCAAUCUUUACUGUCCCAGAGGGACAUUUAGCGUGACAAUAUUAAACUCAUCUGAACUUUUAAACAGAGUUAAGGGUUUAAUGACCUUUGGCUUUUUAAAGAGACCUGUUAUUACAAGGAGUGAGACAGUGUAUGUUUGUGGCUUUCUGUUAAUAUAACUGAGGUAUACUGAUUCAUGAUCCAUAUAGAGUAUAUAUGAAAUAUUUUUAUGUUGUACUUAACAGUUUUGCUUAUUUUGCAACAAGAUAUUUCAUUGUUCUACUGUAGGCUUAUUACUGAAACCCUUUGAAUGUCCUUUUGCUUUAUACUUAAAUAUACUUUGUAUACUUUUAUUUCAAUAAAAAAUCGGACCA